AUGGAAGAAAAAUACCGUCAACAAGAAGAAAUAAUGAAACAACAACAGGAAAUGAUGCGACAAUUUAUGGAACAAAUGAAAGGACAACAUAGUGGCUUUGGAGGAUCUUCUCAUGCGUCAGUGCCAAACUAUGGAUCACCUAUAGAUCAGGUGACACCAUCUCAUCAGGCAUCACCGAAAUCGCAGCAUCAACCUCUAGCACCCCCGCCCCCACAACCAGAAGAGGCACCUGUGUUUAUCCCCACUCCUAGCUCAAAUCAGGAUAAAAUGAUUGAAUGCAAAUUUGCAUUAGGCUCUAUCACCAACAUCGUUGGUAGGGGAUACAUUCUAGUUACUAGUAGCUCAGACAUGCAUGGAGAAAACUACUGCGGUGCAAUUGAGUUUGCUGACCAACCUGAUGCUCUACUUGUUAACCUGAUCCCUAAUAGUGAGAUUUAUACAGUCAAACAAGCUAUUGGGAGUUUGAUACGUUGGCCCAAGUCGCUAGUCAUCUUCAAUGGAGCGACACAGGUAAUUCUUUUAAGACUAUUAAAUUUUUAUUUACUUAUUCCAUUAUUAAUUAUUUGUUAUGGGUUUAUUAGGAGGUCGUUAAAAAAAACAGGAAAGCAAGCUGGGAAAAAAACUUCUCUACCAUUAGCACCACAAACUCAAAAACUAGUUCCAAAACGAGCGCCUAAGGAGUCAUUGUCACAAGAGGUGCAACAACCAUCUCCAAUUUCGCCUAAGUUGAGACAAGUAUAUGAAAUCGUCAAUGAUUGGCCUAAACAUGAUUAUGCCAUUGAAGUGUCCAUUGACUUUGAUGUGUUUGGCCAUGCUUGUGAAUACUUUGCUCUAUUUCGGGAUGAAAUACUUGAAUUUUGUAGAAAUGAGAUGAUUGGACAAUCAUGCAUUGUCUUCUACAUAAGGAUUUUGUACCAGACACUGUUAUUAGACGAGGAAAAGAGAGGAUCAUUGUUGUUUAUGAAUCCGAAUAAGGUUUCUACUUCCGUGACUCGUGCAGAUAGUCGUGCUCAAGCUUUAUGUGAUAGGAUGUUAUAUUGCACGUCUAAAAAGCAUGAUUGGAUAGUUAUGCCGUAUAACCAUGGGUAA